AUGUUCACUAAAAUCUUAAUUGUUGCGAUUGCAGUCUACGUUAUAGCUGCUGAAGAAGUGGGAAUUCUCCAUCAAGAAUCAGAAUUCAACCAAGACGGUUCUUACAAAUACAACUUUGAGAGCGAAGAUGGAACUAAAGUCUCAGAAGUUGGAUCAGUCAAAAAUGUGAAUAACGUAGAUGUUCAUGUAGCUGAAGGCUCGUAUUCCUACCAUGGUGAUGAUGGUAAAGAUGUUGUAGUCCAAUACGUCGCCGAUGAAAAUGGAUAUCGUCCACAAGGAGACAAUAUCCCAGCAUCCAUCCUGAAACAUUUGGAAGUUUUGGCCACCGCAAAACCACCUAAGGAAAACUAA